GUUAGCGGGCUAUAUAAAGGGAAGUUACGUCCUGCUGAACUUCAGUGCAGAUCAAGCCAGCCAGGUUAUCAUCGCGGGUGUGCGCCUGCUUCUCACCAUGGCGAACAAGGGAUUCUUCCAGCUGCUGAUGAAGAAGAAGGAACUUAUUCCUCUGAUCGGGUUUGUGAGUUUUGCUGGAUUCGGAGCUACCUUCGCUGGCUGGAACGCGCUGAGAAAACCCGAUCUGAUUUUAAGCAAGUCUGACCCAGAACCGUGGCAAUAUGUGGAUCCUAGCAAACCCCAGAAGCAUCUAACAAUCAACCAGCAAUGGAAGCCCAUAGAAGAGCUGGAGACAGUUCGAGAAAUGACGAAGCGAUGAGGUGUCACCCCCUCCAAACGACACUCUAUGAAUCUAGUGGAAUCAUUUCUGCACAAACUAGAUUAUCGAAACCAGUGUGCGGAAAUGCUUCUGCUACAUUUUUAGGGUCUCCCUCCAAUUUUUUGGAUCUGGAUUAAGGACUUUUACUGUUGGCCUUAGUAAGUUACUGUGUAUACAUCCACACAGUCCAAAAAUAAAGGUUGUCUCACACUUGCGACAGCCACGUUUGCUUUGAAGCACUGUGUCCGGUGAUCUGUAUGCUGUCCCCUUGUGAACUUUGGAAAGAGUUGUCUUAUUUUUCACCGAAAUAUUGCUGUAAUAUAUAUUUUCAAUAAACCUGGAAUCGAAAUUUGAAGUUA